UUCGGCUCAGGCCUGGAGAAGCUGUGAGACUGCCCUUUGUGGGCUCCCAUGUACAUAUGAACAAUCCUGUAUGAUAUUCAAUGAGUUGUAUCGGCAAUCAGUUUAUUGAUUACCGUGCUCUGGUUUUGAGAUAACACUCGGAGUAUUCGGGAAUGGCUUCACGACGGUCUCUCGGUCUUGGCGGAGUUAACCCAAAUAUCCGAAGCCAACAUUUAUAUAAAUCUCACUCCCUCCGGUCCAUUCCUACCAAAUCUAAGACCCCACACCCAACUUGAUACAAUCCACCUUAAUAAUAAUGUCGAAAGCCACAAGACCAAUCAUCUCACUCGAGGAACAUUUCCUCUCUCGCGCCGCCAGCGCAUCCCCAAACCCGCGCAACGAGGGCUUCCGAGCCAUCCCAGGCCUCUAUGAACAAUUCACCGAGCUUGGACCUAAGCGGAUUGCCGAUAUGGACGCUGGUCAAGUUACAAUGCAAGUUAUCUCCCAUGGACCGGGUGACUUGUCCCCCGCCCAGUGCCGAGAUACGAAUAACCAGCUCGCGGAAGCUGUGCGCUCAUAUCCAGGCCGAUUCGCGGGGUUUGCCGAGUUGCCAAUGGAUAAACCCGAGGAGGCAGCAAAGGAACUAUACCGGACAUGUUCUGGGAAGUCGGAUGGGAUCAAGUUUGUCGGCGCCCUAGUAGACAGCCAUACAGAAGAGGGACUGUACUACGACGGUCCCGAAUUCGACAUCUUCUGGAGGGAGGCGACGAAUCUCGACGUGCCAAUCUAUAUCCAUCCAACUUGGCCGACAGACAAGCUCGUUACGGCCUAUCAAUCGCCGAAUCUGCCAGAGAGCGUAACGACGGCGAUCCUUGCAUUCGGCUUCGGCUGGCAUAGCGACGUCGCGAUCCAUAUCUUGCGACUGUACGCAGCGGGUGUGUUUGACCGGUUCCCUACGUUGAAGAUUAUCAUCGGGCAUAUGGGCGAGAUGGUUCCCUAUAUGCUUCAGAGGAUUGAGCGGGUUUCAUCGCGGUGGGGGAAGAAGAGGUCUUUUCGCGAGGUGUGGGAUAGUAACCUGUGGCUGACGACGAGUGGAAACUGGGCGCUGGACCCGCUGGCCUGUAUUCUGCGGAAUACGAAACAUGAAAGGAUUUUGUAUAGCGUGGAUUACCCGUUUGCAAAGAGCCCUGAUGGGUUGAAGUGGCUGCAUGAAUUAGAAGAGAGUGGGAUGGUGAGCGCGGACACAUUGGAGGGUAUUCGGUGGAAGAAUGCUGCCCGGCUAUUGAAGCUGGACAUAUAAUCAACCCCUUAGACUUUUCAAGAAAUCAAGUUUUAAGUAGAUCAGUUGUGUUCGCGUCUUUUAUCCCCGGCAUAGCAAUGUCUAUGUUGAGUAAUGUAUUAGACACUGUAGUUACGUAGCACUAACGAAUGCAGGACAUUGUCUUCCACUGCGCGAUA